GGAGCCAGGCCGGCCUCCUUCCCUUCGGCUCUCGAGUCCAUUUCCCCAGCUCUAGUGACACAAACGCACCAAGGCGAGCGCCGCUACUGCCCGAGCCCGGAUCUUACAAGACCCUCUUGGCCGUCUCCUCCACCGAUCCCCUCCCUUGGGGCUGCAGCGAAGGAGUGCGCGGGGAAACUCCAGCUUGCGAGGGGAAGGGGAGGGGGGCAGGACGCCAGCUUCCUGCUUGCAAAGAAGGGGGGGGGGGCGGGGGGAGAAAGAAGAAGACGGAGAGCAGCCGCCGCCGCCGCCUCGCCAAAGAAACCUUGGAUGAAAUAAGAUAAUUUGGAAAUUUUAGUUUGGCAUCCAGGCUAACUUCGCAGGGUCUCCUCUUCAAGCUUUUGACCCAGAAUACUUGCAAUUUGCCAACAGUGAAGGAGACCACAAUGGGGCUUGCCUCAUAGCAUAAUAGCCCCUCCUCCCUCAAAUAUCAAAUCCACAUCUGUCGUGGCGACCGUGGAGUGUUGCCUCUGGGGGCGGAGCCCACCUUGGUCUCUCUUUAUUGAUCCUGGAUGGAAUUGCGGUGAAUGGAACAGAAGCCCAGCACGGUGGAGUGCCUAUCGGAGCCAGAGGACACCCGGUAAUCCUCUCUUUGUGUAAGGAGCUCAAGGUGACAUAUCUGAAGUUAGCCGGUCUCGUUCUCCUAACCAACUCUGGCCUUUACAAUUAGAGGAAUGAGCUUACCUUGUGCAUAUGAGCAGGUUACUCUAGCCUCCAACUCAUCUAAUCAGACAUCAUUCAAAAAUACCCAACUUCAACACCCAUCACUCCUGGAAAGUUUUGAAGGUUGGGCUUGGCUAAAAGACAGGUGGCCGGAUGGGAAACGUAAAAGAAAAAGCAGCCAAUGUUCGGUGAAAAGCAAUAUGUCAGGGUACAUCCCUAGCUAUUUGGACAAAGAUGAGCAGUGUGUUGUAUGUGGAGACAAAGCCACAGGAUACCACUACCGCUGUAUUACCUGUGAAGGCUGCAAGGGCUUUUUCCGACGGACCAUUCAGAAAAAUCUGCAUCCAACAUACUCCUGCAAAUAUGAUGGUUCCUGUGUCAUCGAUAAGAUCACCCGCAACCAGUGUCAACUUUGUCGAUUCAAGAAGUGCAUUGCUGUUGGCAUGGCCAUGGACUUGGUGCUGGAUGACUCCAAGAGAGUAGCCAAACGGAAGCUGAUUGAAGAGAACCGGGAGAGACGGCGCAAAGAGGAAAUGAUGAAAUCCCUUCAGCACCGGCCAGAGCCAACCCAAGAGGAAUGGGAGCUGAUACGCAUCGCUACGGAUGCACACUGCAGUACCAACGCCCAAGGCAGCCAUUGGAAACAGAAGCGGAAAUUCCUGCCUGAAGAUAUUGGUCAGUCACCAAUGGCCUCCAUGCCUGAUGGAGACAAAGUAGACCUGGAGGCAUUCAGUGAGUUUACGAAGAUCAUUACCCCUGCCAUCACCCGUGUGGUGGAUUUUGCCAAAAAACUGCCCAUGUUUUCAGAGCUGCCUUGUGAGGACCAGAUCAUCCUUUUGAAAGGCUGCUGCAUGGAGAUUAUGUCACUGCGGGCAGCUGUGCGUUAUGACCCUGAAAGCGAAACCCUGACGCUCAGUGGUGAAAUGGCCGUCAAGCGGGAGCAGCUGAAGAACGGUGGCUUGGGCGUAGUAUCAGAUGCCAUCUUUGAUCUGGGAAAAUCCCUCUCUGCCUUCAGCCUGGAUGACACUGAAGUGGCACUACUCCAGGCUGUGCUGCUCAUGUCCUCAGAUCGCAGUGGGCUAAUUUGCGUUGAUAAGAUUGAAAAAUGCCAAGAGACCUAUCUGCUGGCAUUUGAACACUACAUCAAUUAUCGCAAACACAACAUUCCCCACUUCUGGCCCAAGCUCCUCAUGAAGGUGACUGACCUGCGCAUGAUUGGGGCUUGCCAUGCCAGCCGCUUCCUGCACAUGAAGGUGGAAUGCCCCACGGAGCUCUUCCCCCCACUCUUCCUCGAGGUCUUUGAGGAUCAGGAAGUUUAGGAUGUGAGGAGGGAUGGAGGGAGGGGGCAAACAGGGUGGCGUGGGCGAAUUGGGGACAUGGGGCAAUUUGGGGCUGGGGCGAUGUCUGGACUUGGGUCACGAGGCCCUCACCUCAUCACCUCGGACACAACAGAUUUUCAUUGUUUUGUUCUGUUUUGUUGGUUUCAUUUUUUUUCCUUUUCCUUUUUUUUUCGUUUUGUUUUUCUAAAUAUUGCACGUCAGCAUCAAUGAGUCCCCUGGAUAGGGGAAGCAAGGGCAUCCUUGGUAGGGAGGGUGGGCCAUGAAAAAGUCAAAGCUAUACAAAAUCUGGGUUAUGAGGUAGACAUGUGCAGUAGCCAACACAUUCUUUAUCUAGGCAGAUUUUUAAAAAAAAAAAAAUAAGUGGACAAUACAAUUCCCACCUGCCCUCUUGUUAUGUCCCCUGUUGUCCAAAGUCAUCUUUCCAGGGUGAAAUGUCUGUCUUAAACUUUAACAUAAAAAAGAGAAAAACAAUCCAUAUAUUAUUCUCUCCCCUCCCCCUGUCAAAAUGCUUUGCCUUUCUCCCCUUCUUUAAAGAAAAGUUUUCUGCCCCCCCUCCCCCCGCCCACAACACUGGAAGCAAUUGGCACCUCUUGAGCCCUGAUCAAACCUCUCUCGUUUAAACGGACUUGAUUACCAAUAUAUAUAAAUAUAUAUACUUAUAAAUAUAUAUAUAUAUUCUUUUGCACAUAACAGUCCCAGGAAACGUCAGAGUGUGUUUGGUUGUUGUUUUUUUCUUUAAGAACUUUAGCAUUUAGUUAUCCUCCCUGGGAGGCUAAAAUCGAAAAUGCACUUUUUUUUGUAAAAGAAAGAAAUGGAACAGAGAGAGAGAGAGAGAGAGAGAGAGAGGAAAAGAGAAAACCUAUUAAAUAAUUAGGGGCAGGUGGGAGGAGGAAGGUCAGAGAUGUUUUGGCAAAAAAAGAGAAUAAACCUAAAUUGAGGCUGAAGGUCCACAUGUGAAGGACAAAUGCACUUUGAGUGAGGUAAAAAUCCUUCCCCUCAGCUCCUCCCUUAAUGGGAAAAUAAGUGACUCAAUUAUUAAAAAAAAAAAAAAAAGA